AGGAAAGAAGAGGAGGAGGAGAAGGAGGAAGAGGAGGGAGGGGGAUGUGGCAACGCCGCCGCUGCUACCGCCGCCGCAGCUGCUCGAGCUCCGCUGUCUCUUUCCCGGCGGCGGCUGAAGGGAGCAGCUGCGGGUCUCUGCCAUAUUGUGCGUCCCCCUCCCUCCCUCCUCUUUCCCUCCCCCAACAUCCACCCACCCACCCUUUAGAGGCACACGCCUGACGAGCCAUAGGAUUAAAUGGGUCCAGUUACUGGAAUGACUCCAGAUAAGAGAGCUGAAACUCCUGGAGCAGAAAAGGUUGCAGGAUUAAGCCAGAUUUACAGAAUGGGAAGCUUGCCUGAAGCAGUUGAUGCUGCCAGGCCAAAAGCUACAUUAGUGGACAGUGAAUCAGCAGAUGAUGAGCUCACAAACUUGAACUGGCUUCAUGAAAGUACUAAUCUUCUAACAAAUUUCAGCCUUGGAAAUGAAGGUCUUCCUAUUGUUAGUCCAAUAUAUGACAUUGAAGGUGAUAAUGUCCCAUCUUUUGUACCAUCCUACCAGAACCCAGAAAAAAAAUCAGGGAAUUCAAAACCCCCUUACUCCUUUAGUCUUUUAAUUUACAUGGCUAUUGAACAUUCUCCAAAUAAAUGUUUGCCAGUCAAAGAAAUCUACAGUUGGAUUCUGGAACGCUUUCCAUAUUUUGCUACAGCACCAACAGGUUGGAAGAAUUCUGUCCGACACAACCUUUCUUUGAAUAAAUGUUUUCAGAAAGUGGAAAGAAGCCAUGGCAAGGUGAAUGGAAAAGGUUCCUUAUGGUGUGUUGAUCCAGAAUAUAAACCCAAUCUUAUACAAGCACUGAAGAAGCAGCCUUUUUCCUCAGCACUUGCAUUUUACACCCCUCCUGCAUCACCACAAAAUGGAUCAUCACCACCUCAUUAUAUAACCUCUGUAUUAAAGCAGAGCCAAGUUCGAACUCUCAAAGAAUCCGAUAUUGAUGCAGCCACUGCUAUGAUGCUUUUAAAUACAUCUAUUGAACAAGGAAUUUUAGAAUGUGAGAAGCCCUUGCCACUCAAAACGGCUUUACAAAAGAAAAGGAGUUUUGUUAGUGCAUUUAGCCAUCCCAGUGCCAUAAAUUUACAAGAGAGUGAUUCUGCAGUCAACAAUAUUGAUCCAAAGGAAGAUCACAAUUACAGCGCAAGCAGCAUAGCAACACAGCGUUGUGCAUCCAGAUCUAGCGUAUCUUCCUUAUCUUCUGUUGAUGAGGUGUAUGAGUUUAUCCCAAAGAAUAAUCUUGCAGGAAGUGCAGGAAGUGAUGGCAGUGAAGGGUUUCACAGUGAAGAAGAUACAGACAUUGAGUAUGAAGAUGACCCUCUUGGAGACAGUGGCUAUGUAUCACAACCUUGUGCAAAUACCUCUGACAAAGACCGGCCCACCAAGAAACCUAAAAGAGAGUCAUGUCAGGAAAUUGAUGAGGAGCUUAAAGAGGCCGCUGGAUCUCUGCUGCACCUUGCUGGAAUCCGCACGUGCUUGGGUUCCCUAAUAAGUACUGCAAAGAGCCAAAAGCAAAGGAAAAAAUAGUAGUACCAGAUAGUGUGAUUUUUUUUUUUUUUUUUUUUUAAUGUGGCAAUACUCUUCUACUUUCUCUUCACAAGGGAGAUCAAAGCCAUAAUGGACUUCUUUAGCUGGUCGUUGGGGGUGGGGGUGGGGGUGUGCUAAUUACCUUUUUUCCUUUAUACCUUUUUUUUUUUUUUAAUCACUGCAAUUAGGGUCAUCCUUACCUAGGAUUGGGCCAAUCAAUGCAUGAUUGAAGUACUAAUAGCAAUUUUUAAAAAAAUCAUUGAUUCAGAAAUUUGGAAAACUUCCACAGAAAAAUCCUCAGGCUCCCUUUUAAGACUGUAGACAAAAUCUUUCCUAGAUGAAUAUCUUUUGUUGGUGUAGAAAAUGGGAUAACAUGCCACUCAGUAUAGCAAUUUUUCCAUUUUUUUUUUUUAAACCACUGAAUACAGUGGAUAAAUUGGCUAAAAACGUUAUUUGCCCCUUUUAUCCUAUUUACUUUUAUUUACCAGUGUAGAGUAUGUUUUUAGUGAAUGCUGGUUGAAGCAUAACCAAGUAGGGAAAAAAAUUAAAUUUGAAAAGAUCUUAGGUAGCUAAAUUAGAAUGGCUGCUAGAAAGUUCUGUUUAUACAAGUAGAAAAUGGGGAAACUUGAUUUUUAUUGUACGUUCUAAGUCCACUCCAUAUCUCUUAUAAGAUCUUUUGAAAUUCUUUGGCUUAUCUGUUGUUAGAUAGACUGUAUUGGGGGCACUUUUGUUUUUACCCUUAGUGCUUUAAAUCAGUAAUUAGUUGGCCAGUUUUCUGUUAACUAUUAAGUUUUUAUAUAACAGAUAGCCAGUGAAAUGAUAAUAUGUAAUAAUUUUCAUUUUGGCAGACCUUUUCAAUGAAAGGUUCUCUUCCUUAUGUUGUCUCUGUGGGAACAGUGAUAAUUACAAAUUAUAAUCAUAAUUUAAAUGGAGUGUGAUCUAGAAUUUGGUUCAUUUUAGCAAUUUAAUGCCUAAUAUGUGCAAGCCACUGUGCCAGACACUAGAGAUAUAAAGACAAAAAAGGAAGCAAUACUUGCUGUUUUGGAACACAUAAUCUACUAAAAUAAAAGUUUUAAAUGUUUACAGUUAAGUAAUAAGCAAUUUUGGGAAAAUCUAUCCAAACCCAGGGUAAAAUAAGUAUAGUCUUAAUAUUUGAGAAGUAGAAAAAUUAAGCCCCUUUGGAAAAAGCAGUAUAAUACCCAAAUGUGCCAUUAAUCUUUAGUUAAUAGAUAUCACUACUUCUAAUAAUGAAUCCAUUGGUUGAGGUGGUUUAAGUAUUAUUUGAACAGUUCUACCUAUAUAAGAAGCAUUUUCUGAUUUGAAGUUAUAGUUCUUCAGAAAAAUCUACAGAUUUAUGGUGAAUUCAGUAUUUACUACAUGGAAUUUUUCCUCUUCUGGGCUUUUGGAAGGAAAUCUUUUUAAAAGUUUAUCUUGAAUCUUUUGUUUCCUUUUUAUUUAAGAUUUUCCCUGUGGGAUUUUUCCCCCCCAGAAAAACACUUCCUUUCCUUUCCUGCCUUGUUCAGAUGAUGCUGCCUUGAUGCUUUCAAAAAAUUUCAAAAUCUUAGGAUUGUUAAAAGGGAUAAAACAACUUCAUGUUUAAUUUUUAAAAUUUGUUUGGGCAUACUUUUCAAAUAAGAUGCAUGUUAAUAAUAAAUGUCUUUCUUUCACAGAAACCUUAAGCAGGGAUAUAUAUAUAUAUAUAUAUAUUGUUAAAUGUUCUCUGUUUUGUAUUAAUGUCACAUAUUUUAGUAGUAAAUUGACCUGCUUCAGCCUUGUUAGUAGAAUCAGGGGGAGUGUGGAGAUAGUCAUUUUAUUUAUUGUUCAUGAAAAAUAGCUCUUAAGCACAACUAGGUUAUAUUUCUUUCUUUUUUUUUGUUAUUCAACCAUAUAUGAUGCAGUUACCAGAGGACAUUAGUAUCCCUCACUAAUAACUGUUAGAUAAGUAGUAAAUAUAACACAAAUGCUUAUUACCACAGUUUUUACAAUAUACUCUUUCUCCUACUAAGUUCAAAAUAGGGCUUUUUACUUGGUAAGAUUGGGAAUUAGCUCUGUUUCAUGGCUAGGCCCAACAGACCAGGUAUGUGAUGUCUAGCAAUUUAUUUAUAACAAAGUUCCACUAUAGCAACCACUUAAAUUUCCCAGGGAGUUUGUCACAAUGGAAUUUUGCCAUUGUGGCUAAAAACCAUGAUUUCAUUUCAAAUACAAUUUGCCAUAUGUCAAAAUAAUAGAAAUAGUAUUGAAAUGUAUAUUGAUCUAUAUAAUGUUCCCCUAUUAAAUUUUUUACUUACCAUAGUUAGUGUUCAUUUUUCUUAUCCCAAACAUAAAUCAGUGUCUUCUAAAUAUAUACAUAUAUAUAUAUGCACACACAUAUAUAUAUAUGUAUAUGUAUAUAUACACACAUAUGUUACUUUGCAUGUGCAAUGUCUUACCAAAAGUUAUAUCUUUGUUUUAUUUUUUACAUACAGAGAAAGAACAUAGCCUUUCCAUAAUAUAGGAGGAAUUUUUAUUGGUGAAUCAUCUCCUUUUUUCUCUAGUCUUGUAAGAGCAAGUUUUUCAUAUUCCUUCCAUAUCCAGCAUGGCUUCUUUUAAGUUAAAGAAUUUUUUUUUUUUUUUGUAAAUAGUAUAAAUUCGGUGUAAUCGGAAUGAGAGGGGAGGGGUUGUAAUUUUUUCCUUUGCUUUCUUUCGUUUUUCUUUUUUCUUCUUUUGGGCUACUUUUCAUGACAUUAUGUAAAGGGUUCAUACCAAAUGGUCAAUUAGAUUGUAUUUUAGCAGGAAUUCAAAGGUAGGAGGAAGUAUAUCUGGAGGAAUGUGUGAGACUUGGUAUACCAGGAAGUCUUUUCUGCCAGUUUAAACAACAAAUGUGGAUACUUCACAGAGCUCUAAAGACUAUUGUCUUGGAUUCAACAGCAACUUUUUUUGACAUUUUGUGAAGCCCAUAGAUUUUGUUGAAAUUUUCAGGCUUUCUGGUUUGCAACUUCUCUAGAGUUCUUUGUUAGGCUGGAAAGGGAAAUCUUUGAUUUUAAGCAAAGCUUACUCAAAUUUGUUAAUAAUGAUGUAGUCAAAAUAUUUAUUGACAGGAAAAGUAGGAUAUUUUAAGCAUUAUACCUGCCAUUAUUUUUAAAGCACACUCUUUGUAUCUAACUGCCAGUGCCAUUAUCAAAAUUUUUUUUAAAAAUAUAAAUGUAUGUUUCUAUUCAGCUAAAGUACUUAAUUUAAAAGUAUUAUGUUGCCAUCGUAUAGUGAUAUGAAACAAUUUACAAUUGCCAAGUCAUUUUAAUUAUUAUUUAUUUAAAGUAAAAAAUGUAGAAAUGCAAUUUGAGUUAUACUAUCCCUUAAUCCUGUUUUCUAAUGUAGCAUAAGAAAUGUCCUGGACUGUAGAAUAAUUCUGCCAGUAGAUGACCAGUUAUGAGUGAACCUAUUUUCAGUUCCAAGUCUUUUGCUCAUUUUAAAAACAAUUUACAAAUGUUUAGUUUUUGUAUCUAAUCUCUGUUAAUUAAAAUGUUUAUAAAGUUUAUUUUUACCAAAGAGAUGCAAUUCAUUAAGAUAAAGUAUUGCAGAAUAAACUUUGUUUUGUAACAUU